AUCCACACAGACGGCAGACCAGCUGAGAGCUCACUCACUCACAGGGAGGAAGACAGACACUACAUACUUUGCAAGCAACUGUUAAAACCUUUGGAAAUAUCCACCAGCGAGCAGGAAAGAAACCUCCCAUCAUGUGCAGAGCACUAGAAUCACUGCCUACCACCUGCCUGGAGAGGGCAAAGGAGCUGAAAGCUUUGUUUGGAAGUUUACUACAAAAGGAUCACGGCAACACCGGCCAGGCAAAGAAAAAUGACAAACUGAGCAGCAGGUUUAACGUCGACGAGCCUUUGAAAUGGAAGGAGUCGUUCGAGAAACUGCUGUCCAGUCAAAAUGGACUGUGCCUGUUCAGAGCGUUCCUGGACUCAGAGUUCAGCGAGGAAAACAUCGCCUUCUACUUGGCUUGCGAGGACUACCAGGCAACGAAACCCUCAAAACUGGCCGCCAAAGCCAAGAAGAUUUACGACCAGUUCAUCGGCUCUGACGCACCACGAGAGGUAAAUCUUGACCAUGUGACCAAAGCCCUCACAAAGGAGAACAUGGAGCAUCCCAACACGUCCUGUUUCAACCUGGCCAAAGCCAAAAUCUACACCCUGAUGGAGAAAGACUGCUACCCUCGCUUCCUCAAGUCCCCCAUGUACCUGGAGCUCAGCAGAAAGGCCAAGUCCGGGUAACUGAAUAAACCAUCCUGCAAGCAGCAGGAGACGUAAAGUGACAUAAGCUAACUGACGCACAGCAGAGACUGGAAAGGUUCACGCGGAACAAACACCUCAGUCCGAGGAGUUUCACGCCAGGCUGUGGAGUUAUUUUGGGAGACCGGAGGUUGCGUACGGAUCGACGUCCGAGCUGGAAGCUGAAGGACACGUGAAGCUGUGACGACACAGACUGCCUCUGAAAGAGUCACCUGUACUGUACAUACAGGGCUGCAUGCACGGCAGCAACAGUGGCAUCAAUUAGAAAAUGUAGAAAUGAGUUGCUUUUAUACAACAAAUCUACCACUAGGAGAGACUCCAACAGCAUUAAUGCUUAUUUAUUUCUUAUUUAUUUAAAGUAUUUUUUAUUAUGUGGUGAAAACUGAUCUGUAUUCCAUGUUUUUUUUAUCUGAAGUACUGUAUGUAAAAAAAAUAAAUGCAUUGAAUAAAAUAUGACCAAUUUCCAGAGA